GUUGGCAUUUUUCGCAAAUCUGGUGUAAAGUCCCGGAUCCAGAACCUCAGGCAGAUGAGUGAAGCCUCUCCUGAUUAUGUGAAUUAUGAAGGGCAAUCAGCCUAUGAUGUGGCUGACCUGUUGAAGCAGUACUUCCGCGAUCUGCCAGAGCCGGUCUUCACUGCCAAGCUAACAGAGACAUUUCUGCAGAUAUACCAGUUUGUGGCGAAAGAGCAGAGGCUGCAAGCUGUCCAGGCCGCCAUCAUGUUAAUGCCGGAUGAGAACCGGGAGGUUUUGCAGACGCUGCUCUAUUUUCUCAGCGAUGUUGCCUCUUCCGAGGAGAACCAGAUGACGGUGGGGAACCUGGCCGUGUGCUUAGCCCCCUCCAUUUUUCACCUCAACGUCUCCAAGAAAGAGAGCACUUCUCCAAGGUCAGUUCACAGGAGGAGCACUGUGGGGAAACCAGAGCAGAAGGAGCUGAAUGAGAACAUGGCUGCCACCCAAGGCCUCUCCCACAUGGUUGCCAACUGCAAGAAGCUGUUCCAGAUCCCCCAAGAGAUGAUCCUGCAGCUCAGCAGCUCUUAUCUGUUGGCUGAUGCUCAGCCACUCUCCUUACCUGAGCUGAUGGAGGAAAACCUGCAAGGAGAGAUCCAGGAUUCCCACCCAGUCUUGGAGGCCAGCAUUCGAGGCCUGCUGAAGGAGUCAUCUGAACGCUUCAAAGGCUGGAUCGGCAUGCUUGGCCCCCAAAACACGGAGCUCUCUUGCAAGAAGGUGGAGGAUGGGCAUCCUCUGCGACUCUGGAAGGUCUCCACAGAAGUGGCCGCACCACCCCACGUGGUGCUCAAGCGGAUUCUCAGGGAGCGCCACUUUUGGGAUGAGGACCUGCUGCAGGGCCAUGUGGUGGAGGCCCUGGACAAGAACACCGAAGUCUACCAUUAUGUAACGGAUAGCAUGGCUCCCCACCCACGGCGGGACUUUGUGGUCCUCAGGUCAUGGCGGACAGACCUACCCGGCGGGAGGUGCCUCCUGGUCUCCUUCUCUUUGGAGCAUCAGAAGUUGCCACUGGAAGUUGGAGUCAGGGCCACGGUGCUCACCUCCCAAUACCUGAUGGAGCCUUGUGGAUCAGGACACUCCAGGGUGAUUCAUAUCUGUCAAACUGAUCUCCGAGGGAGGUCUCCAGACUGGUACAACAAGGUCUUUGGCCAUCUCUGUGCUAUGGAACUGGCCAGGAUUCGCGAUUCUUUCCCAGUGUUCAAUCCGUGUGGACCAGAAACUAAGAUCUGAAGGAGGCCACCUGAUGGGUAGACUUCAAGUUGGAGCAGAAUGUUGAAAUCGAUCCUUUGUUUCAUGGAGUGCAUCCUCCACCCUUUAAUUUCCCUUUGCUUCUUUGGUUCAAGGAACAUGAGAACUAAGUCUUCCUAACAAGCAUGUUCCUGUGUUAUGAUUCAGCAACAUGAUCCAGAGGUUAAGCUUUGUGCUGGGGGGUUGUUUCUCCAUAAAUUGUCUCCAGGGUUAGAAGAAUUCUUUCAACACCCUUUACUAAAAGGCACAAUUGUGAAGAAGCACCUGAGCUGCUGCCUGCUUUGGGGCUCUCAGUUUGCCUCUGGCUAUUGUGAGGACAAGAUGUUAGAUAAUCUGGUCUGAUCCUGCAAAACAUCUCCUGAUCUUCUGGGGAGUCUAUUAAUCCACCUAAGUCAGGGAGAGCCAGUUUUAAAAGGCCUUUAAAGGAUCACCAUAUUUUUCAGAGUAUAAGAUGCACCUUUUUCCCUCAAAAAAGAAGGUGAAAAUCUGGGUGCGUCU